AUGCCCAUCCUCGCCCUUCAAAUCAAAGCCGAGCUCGAAAACAUCACCGAACUGAUCCCCGCCGAUGCCGACCACACCUGGCACUUCAAGGUCCAAUGCACCAAGUGCCGCGAGAUCGACUCGAACGUCAUCACCAUGAACGCUAUUGAUAAGGCUGAGAUGGGUUCAGGACGCGGUGAGGCCAACUUGGUCAUGAAGUGCAAGUUCUGCAAGUGCGAGAGCUCUGCCGAUAUUGUGUCCAAGCCCGUCGCUUACGAGAUUGAGAACAACGACAAGUACGCCACCAUCGUCACAGUCGAGUGCCGUGGAUUGGAGUUGGUUGGUUUUGAGCCAAGAGAGGGAUGGAAGGCCAAGGGUGCCGAGUCUGGUACUCUCUUUGAGGACAUUGAUCUCACUGAAGGUGACUGGGCGGACUACGACGAGAAGAGCGAGCUCCCUGUUGCUAUCAGCAGUAUCGAGUCCAAGUUCGUCAAGGUCAAGUAA